AUGAAUUCACUUCACUCUGCAUGUUGGAACACUUCUGCUGAACUUUUGAACAAAUCCUGGAAUAAAGAGUUUGCCUAUCAAACCCUCGGAGUUGUGGACACAGCCCUCCUCCCUGCCAUGAUUGGGAUUAUCUGCUCAACAGGCCUGGUUGGCAACAUCCUCAUUGUAUUCACUAUAGUAAGGUCAAGGAAAAAAAGUAUUCCUGACAUUUAUAUCUGCAACCUGGCUGUGGCUGACCUGGUCCACAUAGUUGGAAUGCCUUUUCUCAUUCACCAGUGGGCCCGGGGAGGAGAAUGGGUUUUUGGGGGGCCUCUCUGCACCGUCAUUACAUCUCUGGAUACCUGCAACCAGUUUGCCUGCAGUGCCAUCAUGACUGUAAUGAGUGUGGACAGGUACUUGGCUCUCGUCCAACCAUUUCGACUUACAAGUUGGAGAACAAGGUACAAGACCAUCCGCAUCAAUUUGGGCCUCUGGGCAGCUUCUUUUAUUCUGGCGUUGCCUGUCUGGAUCUACUCAAAGGUCAUCAAAUUUAAAGAUGGCGUGGAGAGUUGUGCUUUUGAUUUAACAUCCCCUGAUGACGUGCUCUGGUACACACUUUAUUUGACGAUAACAACUUUUUUUUUCCCUUUGCCCUUAAUUUUGGUAUGCUAUAUCUUAAUUUUAUGCUAUACUUGGGAGAUGUAUCAACAGAAUAAGGAUAUCAGAUGUUACAGCCCCAGUGUUCCAAGGCAGAGAGUGAUGAAGCUGACAAAGAUGGUGCUGGUGCUGGUGGCCGUCUUCAUCCUCAGCGCUGCCCCCUAUCACGUCAUACAGCUCAUGAACUUACACAUGGAGCAGCCCACCCUGGCUUUCUAUGUGAGUUAUUACCUCUCCGUCUGUCUCAGCUAUGCCAGCAGCAGCAUUAACCCUUUUCUCUACAUCCUGCUCAGUGGAAAUUUCCGGAAACGCCUGCCUGGGGUGCAAAGGCAAGUGAUUGAGAGGGAAAUCCACAACAUGGAAAACACUUCGAAAUUGAGUUUUUAGGAGAGUACACGGAUCACCAAUCAUUUCUAUAGCUUGUCUAAGUUACUGGUAUUAUUAGAAGGACGGGAAAAAUGGUGGAUUUGUGUCUAGUCUUCUUAUGCACUUGUGAC